AUGGGUAAGGAAAAGAUCAACUUCAACCUCAAGACCCCUAAGGGCACCAAGGAUUGGUCUGGGUCCGAUGCCCUCCUCCGCGAUCGCAUCUUCACCACCAUUGCCGAUGUCUUCAAGCGUCACGGCGGCACCGCGCUGGACACCCCCGUCUUCGAGCUGCGCGAGAUUCUCGCCGGAAAAUAUGGCGAGGACUCCAAGCUCAUCUACGACCUGCAGGACCAGGGUGGUGAGAUCUGCUCCCUCCGCUACGAUUUGACCGUUCCCUUUGCCCGUUGGCUCGCCAUGAACCCCGACGUGCGCAGCAUGAAGCGCUACCACAUUGCCAAGGUGUAUCGACGGGAUCAGCCCGCCGUCAGCAAGGGUCGCAUGAGGGAGUUCUAUCAGUGUGACUUCGAUGUCGCUGGUACCUUCGACCCGAUGGUCCCCGAUGCCGAGGUCCUCAAGAUCGUCACCGAAGUGUUCGAGGGGCUUGGAUGGCAGGGUCGUUAUAGCAUCAAGAUCAACCACCGGAAGAUCUUGGAUGGUGUCUUCGAGGUGUGUGGCGUGCCAGCAGAAAAGAUCCGCCCGAUUUCUAGCGCGGUGGACAAGCUGGACAAGAUGCCCUGGGCCGAUGUCCGGAAGGAGAUGGUCGAGGAGAAGGGCCUUGACGGCGCCGUUGCGGACAAGAUUGAAACAUAUGUUGUCAAGAAGGGUACACGGGACCUUCUGGAGACUCUGUUGAAGGAUGAGGCUCUUCUGGCGAAUGCCUCCGCCAAGGCUGGUCUGGAGGAUAUGGGUCUGCUUAUGGACUACUUGGAGGCUUUCGGCGUCCUCGACCGUAUCUCUUUCGAUAUGAGUCUUGCUCGUGGCUUAGAUUAUUACACCGGUGUCAUCUACGAAGUCGUCACCGAAGGCUCCGCACCCGCCGUUUCAUCCUCUGCUGCCGAGGCGGAGAAACCACAGAAGUCAUCCAAGAAGAGCAAGUCCAAGGGCGGCAAUGCCGACGACGAUGACAGAUCAAAUGACCCCACUCUGGGAGUAGGAAGUGUUGCCGCUGGUGGCCGCUACGACAACUUGGUCGGCAUGUUCUUACCCAAGGCCCAGAUCCCCUGUGUUGGUGUCUCAUUCGGUGUCGACCGUAUCUUCUCCAUCACCAAGGCCCGCCUCGAGCGUGAACAGAGCGCCCAGGCUCUGCGCAACAGCGAAGUCGACGUUUUCGUCAUGGCCUUCGGCGGCAAGGGCUUCACCGGCAUGCUGAAGGAGCGCAUGAACGUUUGCCAGACUCUGUGGAACGCCGGUAUCAAGGCCGAGUUCUCUUACAAGGUUAAGCCCAAGCUCCCACAACAAUUCAAGGCCGCCGAACAAGGCGGCGUCCCCUUCGCCGUCAUUUUGGGUGAGGACGAACUCGCCCAAGGCAAAGUCCGCGUCAAGGAGAUGGGUCUCGAGGAAGGCCACCCUGAGAAGGAAGGUGUGCUGGUGGAUCUCGCUACUCUCCCCGCCGAGGUAAACGCCCGUUUGGCGAGGAGGCAGGAUCAAGCGUCCGCUGUCACACAACAGCUCGAGGGCCUCAAUGUUGGUGCUUCGACAAACUAG